AUGGGAUCAAUGAUCACGAUUAAUUUUCAAAAUUGUAUCGUCUUGAUCUUCCUAUGCUUCUUGUCGCUCCUUUGUUACCAUCUCUUCUUCAAGAAACCAAAAGAUGGCUUUAACUUGACUCAGAGUCACAAUUAUCCUGGUCACCUAAUACAGAUAUAUGGACCUAUGUUUUAUGGUCCAUUUGAAUAUCCAGAAAAAUGGUCUAUAUGUGGACUGCAUCUCCCCUUGGGAAUUAGUUGGGCCUCUCCAUGGGCAAUCAAAAAAAAAAAACAAAAAAACUUGCCUCAGAGUCCUCCGUCUCUGCCGAUCAUCGGGCAUCUUCACCUUCUCCUCUCUGUUCUACCACACAAGGCUUUUCAGAAGAUCUCGUCAAGGUACGGACCUCUCCUCCACCUCCGUAUAUUCAAAGUUCCCUUUGUCCUCGCCUCCUCGGCCUCCGUGGCAUACGAUCUCUUCAGGACGCACGAUGUGAAUGUCUCAUCACGUGGUUUCCGUACACUGGAGAAUUCUCUCUUGUUCGGACAUGAAACAUUCACAGGCGCUGACUUUGGAGACUAUUACAAGUUCAUGAAGAAGGUCCUGGUCAUGAAUCUGUUGGGUACUCAGGCACUGGAGCGGUCACGAGGUAUCCGUGCAGAAGAGAUCGAGCGGUUUUACGCGAGGCUGAUGGACAAGGCGAGGAAGAAAGAGAGUGUUGAGAUAGGAAAGGAAGCAAUGGUGCUCACUAACAACAUCAUGUCCAAGUUGCUCAUUGGGAGGAGCUGUUCUGAGGAGAACGGCGAGGCUGGGAAGGUCAGGGAAUCGGUGACCAAAACAAUGGGCUUGAUAAAGAAAGUUUUCUUUUCAAACAUGUUAGGUAAGCCGCUUAAGAAGCUUGGCAUCUCACUCUUCGAAAAGGAGAUUCGAGGCGUCUCUGGUGGAUUCGAUGAGCUGCUAGAGAGGCUUCUCCGGGAACACGAAGAGAAACAUCAAGAUACAGACAUGAUGGACGUUUUAUUGUCAGCUUAUAAAUAUGAAAAUGAGGACUAUAAGAUCACUAGAAACCACAUCAAGUUGUUAAUCGUGGAGCUUUUCCUUGCAGGCACUGACAGUGCUGCACGGUUAAUCCAGUGGGCGAUGGCUGAGAUCAUUAGCAAACCAAAUAUUCUUGAGAGGUUGAGGCAAGAAAUGGAUUCCGUGGCAGGGAAAACAAGGUUGAUUCAAGAAACAGAUCUACCAAGACUUCCUUAUUUGCAAGCGGUGGUUAAAGAAACACAAAGGUUUCACCCAGCAGUGCCUCUUACGUUAAGGAUGUCCGAAGAAGACUGUAACGUUGGAGGGUUUCACAUACCGGAGAAGACAACACUUGUUGUAAAUGUUUACGCCGUUAUGAGAGAUCCUAAUGUCUGGCAAAAUCCUGAUGAGUUUAAGCCAGAGAGGUUUAUUGCUUCUUCAAGUUCUGAGCAAGAAGAAGAAAGAGAGAAAAUCCUUAAGUUCCUUCCUUCUGGAAGCGGAAGGAGAGGCUGUCCUGAAGAAAAUCUUGGAUAUAUCUUCGUCGAAACUGGAGUUGGAAUGAUGGUGCAGUGCUUUGACUGGAGAAUCAAUGGAGAUAAAAUUGUUAACAUGGAAGAGACUCUUGCAGGAUUGUCCUCGAACCGAGUUUAAAUCUGAAGAUGCCAAGUUGAUUACUUAAAAGGUAUCGGUGAAGACCUAUAGCUAUUGUCCCGUGUAAUAAGGAAGCUUGCUUUCAGUUGUUCUCUUUUGUAGAUUGUAUGUUUACUCGUUACAUUUGGUUCAAACGGUUAGUUUGGUUGGCAAAAAAUAAUGCCGAACUAAACCAAACAAAAAUUUGGUUGGGCAUUAAGUUAGUCCAGUUGAUGAAAAAUUUACCUAAGCUUUGGA